AAAUGGUGCACCUUCGAAAACGACACCCAGUAUUCAGUGAUGAUUACUGAUAAGGAUGGGACUCGAGCCUUGGAUCCUGGUAAAUCAACAACAAACUACGACAUUCCUGCUGGCUCCCAUGUGAUUCUUGUCCUAAAGCUACCGAAAACAGACAAGACGAUCCACUUCCCCUCGAGCAGAUAUAAUAACUCCACGCAGAAAAUCAGUCAGAUCUUUGCAAAUCAAAUGAAGAAGAAUUAAUUCAAGCAUUGGUGAACUGUGGUCAGUGCAUGUCACCAAGAAACAUUACUUUGACUAUUUAUAAUCACGAAUUUGUGAAAGAAAAGGCUUUUUUCAUUGUUGAUUUAUUGAAACCUCAAUGGGUGUGAUAUGUGCGAAUUAGUUAAAAAAGCAAGAGUGAAGAUUAAUGAACCUAUUUUUCUUAUUUCAUCCCAAUCACUUUCAUUAACCUUUUAAAUUAAUUAAACCCUAAGAGUGAUCAGCACCUAAUUUCUCCUUACAAUAAUACUGCUGAAUCACUGACUGAGAUCACGAGAAUAAAGGAAAUGCUUGACAACCUAAGAAGCUUUGAUCUCCAUAUGAAUUCUCCUUGUCAGAACCAAAAGAAACAUGUAGAGAAGAGUGUGGAGAAUAUGGAAACUGAUGUUAGAGUGUAAAGGGUUAAACGAGUACCUUAAGGAAUAUAAUCGAUUUAGUGCCCAGGGCGCUUAUUUACUUUUUGGGAUCAAUAUCAGUAUCUGAGCAACGGCCCACCUACUCCUCCCCUAACCCACUCUAUCAUAGAGCAAGAUUUCUAUAAAACGAGUAAAAUGGAAGAUAAGAAAAAUGACGAAUAUUCCGCGCUCUGCCUUCAUUGUAUUUAAAUAUUAAUUUAUUAAAACCCUCAAGUAGAACCGACGAACUGUCGGUUCAGUCAACAGCUCUUUGGUUCCCAGUCACCUCGCUACUGUUUCGAUCUUUGACAAAUGUUUCAGAGUAUCAUUAGAAAGAGAGACCUCAGGGUCCCAAGUAAUGUGAGACUGCAAUCGUUUUCAUCUACAUCUUUUAGUAACGAGCCUAAAAACAUAGCCACAACGUCAUGGCCAAUCACAAACACAACUUAAACAACUCGCGAGUUACCUGGCUUCCACUGAUUCGGUUCGUUCGUUGCCGUCUAUGAUUGAUCUACAAACAUAGUGACAUCAUCUUAAUCAAUUACUUAAAAAAAUUCCUUACUUGAUCUGCAUCGAUUUGGUUCUCUUUCCCCUCUCCAUUCCUCAAGUGCAGAACCCGCACAUAACCAAUCGACCAUCGAAAAAAACAUCCCCUCCUCUUCAAAAUUAUGCUACACCUACUUACUAGAUACUGCCACAAAAACUGUCUCAGAACUUAAUCUUUGACAAACGUUUCAGAGUAUCAUUGGAAAGAGAGAACUCAGAGUCCCAAGUAAUGUGAGACUGCAAUCGUUUUCAUCUACAUCUUUUAGUAACGAGCCUAGAAACAUAGCCACAACGUCAUGGCUAACCAGAAACACAACUAAAGCAACUCGCAAGUUACCUGGCUUCCACUGAUUUGGUUCGUUCGUUGCCGUCUAUUAUUGAUUCAGAAACAUAGUGACAUCAUCGUAAUCAAUUACUUAAAAAAAUUAAACCAUUCUUAGCUGGAUCUGCAUCGAUUUGGUUCUCUUUCCUCUCAUCAUUCCUCGAGUGCAGAACCCGCACAUAACCAAUCGACCAUCGAAAAAAACAUCCGCUCCUCUUCAAAAUUGUGUUACGCCUAUCUAGAUACUGCCACAAAAAACUGUCUCAGAACUUAAUCAGACUCUAGAGCUUGGUAGAUUGCGUCAAGCGGACGCAGGCAAUAACUCUUAAAAGCCGAUAAAAUAUUGAAGCCGCAAUUAAUGUCAAGUUAUACUUGGUGUAGUUUCAUGCCGGAGCGGAUGUUAUUUCGAUUACCUGUGUGUGACUUGUUCCAAGAAAGUAAAGAAUUUCCGUCCUGUCAUUUUUCAUGCAGAUUCCUCAUUCCUCGUGUGCCGAACUUAACCUAUAAAGCGUGAAAAAAACAUCCGCUCCUCUUCAAAAUGAUAAUUCACUUACCUAGUAUUCUUCACCUGAAACAUUACCAUUUAAAUGGUCUAAGAACCUAUGCGUAGUAGUUAAAAGUAGUGUGAGUUAGUCCCCCUCAAAAUAAAUAAAUUAUUGAAUAAACGAAUUUUAAAUAGAGAAAUGAAACUGCAGCAAGAAAGGGGCAGCCGAUCAUUGUGUGACGCAUUUCCGGUAAAUUAUGUUAAAUUACAAAAGUAAAGGAAGUUAAUAUGGAAUAUCACGCGAUAACUUCCUGCCACCAUCCAGCUCAAGGCCUUUCUUCAUCUAUUUACCCCAGUCCUCAUUUGUUAACAUUCUAGCAGUUAUUAUAACCGCUACGAAAAGAUUGAAUCCUAUCGCGCGAAAUCACGCGAUUCACGAUGAAUAAGAAAGUAUUCUAAUAUCGUUGCUUCUGCCUUCUAAGAGUUUAAUUGUAAUAAGAACGAAUCGAAAACCGGUAAUAACAUAACGGUUGAACGAUAGCUUGGGUACUAUGAUAAUAAACCCCUUUUGUUCGAUAGGUAGACGUUUCUUUCACGGCUGGUUGGUCAAGUUUGAGUUCCGGUGUUCAACAGAGUUAGGAAUUUUCCUUAACGAAAGAUUAUAAAAACCUGCGCUCGUCCUACAAUCAGCAAAGUUGUUGUCAGUAGACGUCCACUGAGGAGACCAAAGAUUGGUAAGAUAUUUGACAAAUUUUAUUUUGCGUGUAUGUUGUCUGUGCUCCACACCACCCUCCUCUCUUUUUUUAUGAGAACAUCGUGUUUCAAGAACGAUGACGCAGAAGUUGUUCUAGAUGUAAAGAAUAUGAUAAGGACUUACUCAGACUACCCUGACCGAGACUAAGGCCGGCGACACACCUGGAGAUUAUAUUCGCCGAUCACGGUGAUCAAAUCCGGCGCGAUUGGCGAAAAUUACAGUCGCAGUAAAAACUUAAUCUUCCCUCGUAUCAGCAUUAUCUGAUCAACUUCUGAUAAAACUAUGGCAAAAGAGCGUAGUAGAAAAGUUGAAGUCCAAGUAAAGAUCUCAACAGUUCAUUUUGUUUUUUUUCAUAGAUUAUGGACAAAAAGAAGGUGAGGUAUUUAUUGAGGUAGUUAUUGGGAAUUUGACUGUAUUUUUACUUCGUCAAAGCGGUCGUAAAUAUUCCUAUACAAACUCUUACAUUUUUGCCAUGACUCUUAUUUCGCAAGACGAUCGUCUCACAGCUGGGAGCUUGGCCUGCCUGUGUUCAAUGUAGCUUUUGUCCGCUGAUUAAUUACUGGUAUAAGGGGCUUGUGGCUGUAUGCGGAACGUACCAUUCCUGUAGCAAACCGGCACUUUUAGUCUAUGUAGAGAUCUUAACAGUUUAUUUUGCUUCUCAGCAGGUAGCUGGCGCUGCUUGCAGCAUUCUCGAGGCAUUCAGAAUCGGAGAAGAAGAACCGAAAUGGUGCACCUUCGAAAACGACACCCAGUAUUCAGUGAUGAUUACUGAUAAGGAUGGGACUCGAGCCUUGGAUCCUGGUAAAUCAACAACAAACUACGACAUUCCUGCUGGCUCUCAUAUGAUUCUUGUCCUGAAGCUACCGAAGGAAGACAAGAAGAUCGACUUCCCCUCGAGCAGAUUUAAUAACUCUAUGCAGAAAAUCAGUCAGAUCUUUGCAAAUCAAAUGAAGAAGAAUUAA